AUGUUCCUCACCCGGGCCAUUUCCGUCACCAACUUCGUUGUUGCCACGUCGGCACUGACGUUCCAAGUCUGCGUCCUGUACCCUUGGCACAAGCAGCUCGACGAUGACUUCGAAGCUCUGAAGAAGGAGCACCUUCGAGUUCUUGGCGCCAUCAAGGCCAUUGGUGAAGGCGCUGCCGGUCAGAAGGAAAAGGCUGUGUGA